AUCUCUAAUGGUGCUCCAGACUUUGAAGCGGCUCAUGGCAGAUGAGCUGGAGAGAUUUACCAGCAUGAGGAUUAAGAAGGAGAAGGAAAAGCCCAAUUCUGCUCACAGAAACUCUUCUGCAAUGUAUGGAGAUGACCCCACUGUGCAGCCAUUGCACGACAUUACUGAUGAACAAGUCCUCGUCUUCUUUGAGCAGAUGCUGGUGGAUAUGAACUUGAAUGAGGAGAAACAGCAGCCUUUGAGAGAGAAGGACAUUGUCAUCAAGAGGGAGAUGGUGUCCCAGUAUUUGCACACUUCCAGUGCUGGCAUGAACCAGAAAGAGAGCUCUCGGUCUGCCAUGAUGUACAUACAGGAGCUGAGGUCAGGCUUGCGGGAUAUGCAUCUGCUUAGUUGCCUUGAGUCCCUUCGAGUCUCUCUCAACAAUAACCCUGUCAGUUGGGUGCAGACAUUUGGUGCUGAGGGCCUAGCCUCUUUAUUGGACAUCCUCAAACGACUCCAUGAUGAGAAAGAGGAAACUUCUGGAAGCUACGACAGCCGGAACCAGCAUGAGAUUAUCCGCUGCUUGAAAGCUUUCAUGAACAACAAGUUUGGAAUCAAAACCAUGUUGGAGACAGAAGAAGGAAUCCUACUGCUGGUCAGAGCCAUGGAUCCUGCUGUUCCCAAUAUGAUGAUUGAUGCAGCUAAGUUGCUGUCUGCUCUUUGUAUCCUACCACAGCCAGAGGACAUGAAUGAACGAGUUUUGGAGGCAAUGACAGAGAGAGCUGAAAUGGAUGAGGUUGAACGCUUCCAGCCACUGCUGGAUGGAUUAAAAAGUGGGACCUCAAUUGCACUCAAAGUGGGAUGCCUACAGCUGAUCAAUGCUCUCAUCACUCCCGCAGAAGAACUUGACUUCCGAGUUCACAUUCGAAGUGAACUGAUGCGUUUGGGGCUGCAUCAGGUGUUGCAGGAGCUUCGGGAGAUUGAAAAUGAUGAUAUGAGAGUACAGCUAUCUGUGUUUGAUGAACAAGCGGAGGAAGAUUUCUUUGACCUGAAGGGACGACUGGAUGAUAUCCGCAUGGAGAUGGAUGACUUUGGUGAAGUCUUCCAGAUUCUUUUAAAUACAGUGAAAGAUUCAAAGGCAGAGCCACACUUCCUGUCUAUCCUGCAGCAUCUCUUAUUGGUCCGAAAUGAUUAUGAAGCUAGGCCACAGUACUAUAAAUUGAUUGAAGAAUGUGUUUCUCAGAUAGUUCUACAUAAGAAUGGGACGGAUCCUGACUUCAAGUGCCGGCACCUCCAGAUUGAUAUUGAGGGAUUGAUUGAUCAAAUGAUUGAUAAAACAAAGGUGGAAAAAUCCGAGGCCAAAGCUACAGAGCUGGAAAAAAAGUUGGACUCUGAGUUAACAGCCCGGCAUGAGUUACAAGUAGAAAUGAAGAAGAUGGAAAAUGACUUUGAGCAGAAACUUCUGGAUCUUCAAGGAGAAAAGGAUGCAUUGGAUUCUGAGAAACAGCAGAUUGCUACACAAAAACAAGAUCUGGAAGUGGAGGUGUCCAAGCUGACGGGAGAGGUUGCCAAGCUGUCAAAAGAACUAGAAGAUGCCAAGAAGGAAAUGGCUUCUCUCUCUGCUGUGGUUGUUUCUAGCAGUGCUCUCCCCCACCUCCCCCUUUGCCUGGAGGCCCUGGCAUGGCUCCACCUCCACCUCCACCUGGAAUGGGCAUCCAUCCACCUCCCCCCUUUGGAUUUGGGGUUCCUGCAGUCCCCGUUCUGCCAUUUGGAUUAACACCUAAAAAAGUUUAUAAGCCAGAGGUGCAGCUCCGGAGGCCAAAUUGGUCCAAGUUCAUGGCUGAGGACCUUUCCCAGGACUGCUUCUGGACAAAGGUGAAGGAGGACCGCUUUGAGAACAACGAGCUUUUUGCCAAACUUACCCUUGCCUUCUCUGCCCAGACCAAGACUUCCAAAGCCAAGAAGGAUCAAGAAGGUGGAGAAGAAAAGAAAUCUGUACAAAAGAAAAAAGUAAAAGAGCUAAAAGUAUUGGACUCAAAGACAGCCCAGAAUCUCUCCAUCUUUUUGGGCUCCUUCCGAAUGCCCUAUCAAGAGAUUAAGAGUGUUAUCCUGGAGGUGAAUGAGGCUGUUCUCACGGAAUCUAUGAUCCAGAACCUCAUUAAACAGAUGCCAGAACCAGAGCAAUUAAAAAUGCUUUCUGAACUGAAGGACGAGUAUGAUGAUCUGGCUGAGUCAGAGCAGUUUGGCGUGGUGAUGGGCACAGUGCCCCGCCUUCGGCCUCGCCUCAAUGCCAUUCUCUUCAAGCUACAAUUCAGUGAGCAAGUUGAGAAUAUCAAGCCAGAGAUUGUGUCUGUCACUGCUGCGUGUGAGGAGCUGCGUAAGAGCGAGAGCUUCUCCAGCCUCCUGGAGAUCACACUGCUUGUUGGAAACUACAUGAAUGCUGGCUCCAGGAAUGCUGGUGCUUUUGGCUUUAAUAUCAGCUUCCUCUGUAAGCUCCGAGACACCAAGUCUGCAGAUCAGAAGAUGACUUUGUUGCAUUUUCUGGCUGAGUUAUGUGAGAAUGACUAUUUCUGCUGAGAACUUACAGAAGAACUUAGAUCAGAUGAAGAAACAGAUCGCUGACGUGGAACGUGAUGUUCAGAAUUUCCCAGCUGCCACAGACGAAAAGGACAAGUUUGUUGAGAAAAUGACUAGUUUUGUGAAAGAUGCACAAGAGCAGUAUAACAAGCUACGGAUGAUGCACUCCAACAUGGAGACUCUAUAUAAGGAGCUAGGUGACUACUUCAUCUUUGACCCUAAAAAAUUGUCUGUGGAAGAAUUCUUUAUGGAUCUGCACAACUUUAGGAAUAUGUUUUUGCAAGCAGUCAAGGAGAAUCAGAAGCGCCGGGAAACAGAAGAAAAGAUGCGGAGAGCAAAACUAGCCAAGGAGAAGGCAGAAAAGGAGCGACUGGAGAAGCAGCAGAAGCGAGAGCAGCUCAUAGACAUGAAUGCAGAGGGAGAUGAGACAGGAGUGAUGGACAGUCUUCUAGAAGCUCUGCAGUCAGGGGCAGCAUUCCGACGAAAGAGAGGGCCCCGUCAAGGUGGAUCUCCGAGUUCAAGGCCAGCCUGAUCUACAGAGCCAGUUCCAGGACAGCCAGGGCUACACAGAGAAACCCUGUCACAAACAAUAAAUAAAUAAAUUAUGAUUCCAAACCUAAUAAUAAAGCCAGAACGAUAUCCUG